UGCCUGCUUUCUCCGAGCGGCUCGCGACCAACCCAGCCUGCUGCAGGGGCUUUCGAGUGUGGAGCGCCAUGACAUCCGUCGGCGCUUAGUCGCGCACAGCUCCAUUCCCGAACUCGACGCGUAUACCCUGCUUCUCGGACGCAAGCUGUACAACGUGAAGAUUUGCGGCGUCUGCAAAGUUGAGGUUUCCGGGGAGCAAACUUUUCUACAGACGGACGACGCUACCCUCGUAGUGCAUGACCACUGUUACGCCGAGCUAGUGCAAGAAAACGACGACCACCGCGGCGCGUCGACGCGCGAAAGGAUUUCCAAUGAUGAGGUUCAUCAGUUGCGCUGCCGCAUUGACAAUGGCUCCUGCCGCCCGCCGUUGUCGCGGGACAAGUACACAAGCUAUUUGGAGCACUUCGGGCUCGCGGGGUGCAUUCUGUGCCAGAAGAAGAUUGCCGAAUACGAAACCUAUGUGACGCAUGGCAACGCGGCAGCGAGCAAGUCUCACUGCCACUGCUACCUCACGGCAAUGAUCGACGACGCAGAGCGACCACGCAUCGCGAACGAAGCGGAACAGCACAUGUUGCGCGCGAGGGUCCUCAACGACAUGUGUAUUCCGGCAUUGCGCCGCAGCAACAUUCCCGCCCACAAACUGAAGGCAAUCCGUACGGAGCUGAACAUCCACGCCUGCCCCUGCUGCGGCAACAACAUCCUCGACCACUUCGGUUUCAUCAAGUCAGCCCCUCCCUCAUCGGAGGGCGGGACAGACUACAUCACGCUUAAUAAUUCAUCGCAGGCCGAGGUGGACUCUGUCCGGGUGCACACGAGUUGUUUUAUCGAGUGCUACGGGUGGCCCGACAGGAAGCGGCUUUUAGAACAACUUCGCGGCGGUCGAAGGGUGGUUUUGUUGAAGAACGCCGCUGAAAAACCUCUACGGUUCCUGGCCGAAGAUCUGCACCUGCUCCGGAAAGGCCUCCUAGCAGGCGGCUUCACGUUUGUGAGCCCCCCGGCGCCGUCCAAAAGCGAAGUGGACGAGAAGUUUCAGCCCGACCGGGUUGGUGCGGUGUCUGGGAAGAAUUUUCGCAAUCUCGCAGAGUUUCAAUCCAUGAUGGAGGAAGUCUGUUUCGCGAUCGCGCCGGACGAGCCGAUGGAUAAAAUCCCAGUGGCUAAAUGCGCGGGCGCUACCCUUGUCCUUGAUGCCGGGCCCAAUAAAUCACCGACAUCAAUUUCCUUGUCAUCAUCUGCCGAAAACGUAAACGAAACUGGGAAAGAACCCAUGGAGGAAUUCCCGCCGACCACGAGCACGAGCAGCGGGCCGGAAGGUAACACGGAAGCGGGCGAUGGGAUGAGGAACGCAAGUGGAUUUCCAUUGGCUAACACAUCAACACCCGAAGAGCGCACCGCCUCGCCUUCGACCUCGGCUGUUAGCUCACAACUAGACGUGAACGCCGUCGAGGACAAGCAGGACAUUGCGAUGAAAAACAACUACAAGAACGAUGCAGCUUCGGGUAGCCCGGACGAAGAUACGUCUGCCGGAGAAGCAAGCACAUCGUCUGCGUCCCCCACGAUGUCAGUCGAAGAGGAACAAGGAGUCGUGUGCAGCUUCGAUACGAAAAGCAGCUGCAGCAAUACUGACGGUGACGCGUCAUCAACAGCAUCUUCGAGGAUGCUGCAGCCUUCCACUGCUACGACCGACCAGGCCGCUUACGUUGUUGCUUCAUCAUCGUUCCUUUUUUUUGAGGAGUUGGGGACUUUGUUCGGCGCGCUUGCGAUCGUCUUUUUGCUAGUGGCCAUGGGCAUCAUCUGCGUUUUGGGCUCUCCGAAGUAGAUCACCAGCGCCGGUGGCAUUCGCGAAUUUUCUUCGCGGUGACAAGAUUUCACAUCAGAAACGAAAAAAGUCUUUACUUCUAGACGUCGAUGUAGCUGUACAGCUUUAGAAUUUAUUAGAUUUGACAAUGCCAUUAACCUUUACAAUUACACUUCGCAUAGCAAUAGCAAUAUGAAUAUCAAUUGUAAAUACGAAUACCUAUGGCUAUGACGAAAGACACUGACACACUAUUGUUUAAAAACCUCGAAUUUGAAUUGGUUCGCAUGAACAACGCGAUCAAAUCCAAAUCCAUCCAAAUUAUGAAGUCGCAAUUUAUUAUCUUAGUAUCCUAAAUAAAAAGAGUAAGAAAUUCCAAAAUUUCAUCGUAAAAUUAACAAAACCUUACCUAGUUGUUUACAACUUUGUUUGCAAGUGAUUUAUCGGUGUUAGAAAAGAUUCUGCACAAGGACUCCGCUCGUUUGAUUUUCCACUUCUACUAUUGAUUUCUUGAUGACGAGUUAGCAGCCAUUUGUCGACUCAUUUCUGAUUCUGUGAUUUUCUCGUGCUAGACGAUCCAUCAUCAUGUUGCAGAGGUAUUGUAUUUGGAUAGUUGUUUCGUUUUGGAAAAUUGAUAUGAGGACGCUCUUGAUUUAUUAUGAAUGUUCGACUUCGUAAAGGCUUAUGCUUACCUCAAUGGAAAAAUCGAAACGAAGAAGAAAAAUAACGAGUC